AUGAGAGUCCUCACCGUGCUCUCGGCGGCAGCUGUCGCCUCAGCAUUCGUUAUCCCAGAUCGAGCCACCCUCGAGGCUUUGACCCUUCAGAACCAGGACAUUGAACAGCCAUCGGAACAUCCUUUCUGGGAAAAACUUCACAAGGUGGAGAACUUUUGGGAUGACCUGGAAGAAGAGUUCACAAAAGCUGCUACGAGUUGUACCAAGCAUAGAUUCACAGAGGUCGUGGGCGCGGCCCAUGAUGCCACCGUCAAGUACGGCGAACAAUUUCAAGAUGCUUUUGCUGGUGAUGCCUGGUUAGACACGGCCGACUAUGACCUUGAUCUGGUGGAUGCUCCCCCUCAUCAUGGCCGCCCUCCACAUCGUGGGCCACCUGGCCGUCGCCCUCCCCCGGGCAAGAAGCCUCGCCACCCUCCUCAUCAUGGCCCGCCCAAUCAGACCGUGUACGAGAUGAUCUCGAAGAGCAAAUAUACCACCAAAUUGGCUGCCGCCAUCAACGAGUUUCCCGAUCUGGUGGAUCUUCUGAACGGCACCAAGGCCAACUACACUGUUUUUGCACCGACGGACAAGGCGUUUGAGAAGAUCCCCAAGCACGCCCCUAAGCCAACCAAGGAGUUCUUGAAGAAGCUUCUGAUCUACCAUAUCUCGACUGAAUUCUACCCGGCAGGUCGUAUUUUGGUCAGCCGGACCAUCCCGACAGCUCUCGAGGCAGAGGCCAUUGGCAACGUGCCACAACGUCUCUCCAGUCAAGUCUCACUGAGAGGCCUCACCCUGAAUUUCUAUUCCCGUGUGGUCGGGAUUAACAUCUUUGGCACCAAUGGUGUCAUCCAUGGAAUUGACAGCAUUCUCCUUCCUCCACCAAAGGUCGUAGAUAUUCUUUCCGUACUUCCCGGCGAGUUCAGCACUCUUGAUUUCGCCCUGGAGAAGACCGGCUUGUAUCCGCUCUUCAAUGAUACAUCAAGCCACGAAGGAGGUACUUUCUUUGCCCCCUCCAACUUCGCUUUCCAGCGUCUUGGACCAAGGAUCAAUGCCUUCCUUUUCAGCAAGUUUGGCCAGAAGUUCCUCAAGGCCUUGCUCCUGUAUCAUACCGUCGACAACAUCACCCUCUACUCGGACGCCAUCUACAAGGUUGACGCCGAGUCCGCCCCACCCCAUCACAAAUUCCCCAAGGGUUUGAUCCAUGUUGAUCUCCCCACCGGCCUCGAAGGAGAAAGUUUAAGCGUUGAUAUUGCCCGAUACGGUCGGCUCGUCACUAUGAAGAUCAAUGGAUUUUCUAAAGUUAGCGUGCUCGAUGGCAUUGCUGCUGAUGGUGUUGUCCACGUCGUUCCCAACAUAUUGAUCCCGCCAAAGACACCUGGUGGUCCGGGCGUUGCCGAUGACGACAUGGACCUCGAUGAAUUCAAGGCAAGAUUGGCACCUUUUGUGGAAGGAGGAGAAGAAAGCUCUGAGUUCAUUGAAGAAGAUCCUGAACUCUAA